AUGGUUGACAUAUCUCGUGUGCUGGGCGAUGCGCUGCCACAGAUGUUGACUUGUUUGGAUCUUCAAUCUUUGGGCUUUGCUUCAACGGUUUGUCGUGGUUGGGCAGAAUCGUCAGAGGCUUGUUGGCGUCAGGUGUUUUCGUGGCGAUGGUUGGGUUCAUUGUUCGAACUCCGGCAGGUGCACGCCUCCUGGAGGGUGUGUUGCAGCUCACGAGCUGUAGCUCGCCGUUCUGACCUUCGGGUUGUUUCUAGCGUCUGGCACCUGAUUGGCACCGUCCGUGACAACAAAGGAGAGAUGGCAACCGAAGCAGAUUGCACUUUCUCCAGUGGAAGCCUUGCCAUGCAUGGACAAGCUGUGCACCGCAGACAGGAUUCGGGGGGCCAUCGGACAGUCCUUCAUGGAGCUUGGCAGGGCAACCUCUGUGCAGACAUUGUGGCGCUUGGCGGCAAGCGAAAAUGGUGCUUGGCCUGGAAGGAGAAGAUUGCAGAGGUGCCGGGUGCAUACCAUUAUGCUGGUCAACUGGAUGAACUUCCUGACGGGCGUGCAGUGCUUCGGGGCGAAUUCCGAUGGCUUGGCCGAGUACGUGGCACGUUCGACUACAUAAUGGAGCGCUUAGAAAUGGUGCAUUCGAAGCAAAACGGCCGGUUGAUUGACGCAGCCGUGUGCAAGUUUAGUUCGUAA